AUGAUGGGGAAGGUUCCCUCAUUCUCCCCCGGCUCCACAGUGAGCUCCGCUCUGCCUGGCUAUGUCGUUUUCUGCCUCAUUCUACAGGUUCACAGGCUGGUGUCAGCACAAUUCACAGUGACUGGACCUAACCAUCCAGUCAUUGCCUCCCUAGGUGGGGAGGCCGUCCUGUACUGCCGCCUCUCCCCCAGGAUGAGCGCUGAGAACAUGGAGGUGAGAUGGUUCCGAUCCAAGUACUCUGAAGUCGUGCACCUGUACCGUGGUGGGCGGGAUCAGUACGGAGAGCACAUGCUGGAAUAUCAAGGAAGAACUGAGCUCUUGAAAGACGACAUCACCAAUGGAAGAGUUUCCCUGAGAAUACGCAAUGUCCGACCCUCCGACGAUGGGCCGUACAAGUGUUUUUUUCAGUCCAGUGUCUCUUAUGAAGAAGCUAUAUUGGAACUGCAGGUGGCAGGUUUGGGCUCUGAUCCUGUCAUCUCUGUGGAGGGACAUCAGGAUGGAGGGAUCCGGGUGGUGUGUCGAUCAUCCAGAUGGUACCCAGAGCCCGAGGCUCAAUGGAGAGAUCUCCAGGGGCAGAGCUUACCUACAGCCGCUAAAGAAAUAACCCCAGAGGCCAAUGGCCUGUUUCAAACAGAGAUUGCCAUUGUUAUACCAGAGGAGUCUAACCAGAAAGUGUCCUGCUUUGUCAGGAACCUCCAACUCAACCAGAAGAGAGAGUCAGCAAUUUCAGUAGCAGAGCUGUUUUUCCCGAGAGUCAAUCCCUGGAUGGUGUCUGUAUGGGUGAGCCUGACUCUCCUGGCUGUUCUCAUUGUCCUGGCCAGUUACUGCUUAUGGAUGCAACACAGAGCGAAAGAGACCCUGCGAUCGGAUAAGGAGAGUGAGAAAGAGACCCUGCUGUCUGAACGGGAACAAGAGAAAGAGACCCUGCGAUCUGAGAUGGAGAGACAGAAAGUGCAAUACGAGGCAGUGAAAGAACUGGGACUCGCCAGAGCCCGAGGAUACGCAGUGGACGUGACUCUGGAUCCAGACACGGCAAAUCCCAACCUCGUCCUGUCUGAGGAUCGGAAACAUGUGACACACGGAAACUGGGAUCCGUCCAACAAGUCUGAGGGAUUUGAGCAUAAUAUCUGGGUCCUGGGCACUGAGGGGUUCACGGGCGGGAGGCGUUACUGGGAGGUGGAGGUGGGAGGCAAGAUAGGCUGGUACCUGGGGGUUUGUAGGGAAUCUGUGAGCAGGAAGGGGAAGGUCACACUCACACCUGAGGAUGGAUACUGGGUCAUGUGGCUGAGGGGCGGAGUAUACCAGGCCCUCACCUCCCCCUCGACCUCCCUCCUCGUGACAAUAAGGCCCAGCCGGGUGGGGAUUUUCCUGGACUAUGAAGCGGGCGAGGUCUCGUUUUACAAUGUGACUGACAGGUCCCGUCUCUUCACUUUCACUGACACCUUCUCCGGGUCGCUCCGCCCUUAUUUCAGUCCUGGUUACUAUGUUUGGGGUACAAAUGCAGCUCCCCUGAAAAUCUGCCCGGUCCCAGCUGAGGCCGGAAGGAAUCUCUCUCCCUGACAGUGACCCCCGCGGCACAGACUGGCCACUCCCAGCGCUGCUGCUCUUCCCACCCCCACCUCCCAGGGGUGGGGGGCAGUUACUGCAGAUAACUGGACUUUUUGUGCUGACCGGACACUGCUAAUUUCCCAUUUCAACUGGAGGUUCCAAUCGAGAACUGGACACCUGGCAACCCCAGCCCAGGCUGGGUGAAUGGGUCCCACUUGCUGGAAGGAGCAAGACAGAUUUUUCCCCCCUCCCUCUGUGUUUGCUCCACCCCUGGCACAGGGCAAAGCUGGUAAGAAAUACUGCCAGACAGCUGAUGGUUUUUGCUGCCCUCACCUUUCCCCGUCCUCUGUCCCAGGGGUAGCAGAUGGUGAUGGACGGGGAUCAUUCACUCCUGUCAGAAUAUUCUACCCCUGUGAAAUAUCAAUGCAAAAUAUGAAAGAAAAAAGAUUAUUCUAAUUUAGAAAAUAUUAUUGUCACAAGGUGUAAAUGCAAGAACAUUUUCAUUUACAUUUCAACUGCAUUUCAAAAACAGGCAUCUAAACAUAUUUUUAGAAAUGGAAUUAUUUACAUUUAUUUUUUAAUUCUUCCCUCAAAUCUAUAUUGAAGUUUAACUUCUCUAAAUAGUAUAAUUUGUAUUUCAGCUGUGGAAUUUCAAGAAAUCCAAAAUAUUUAUCUUAACAAAAACAAUUAUUAAAUUGUCAGACUGGGUUGUUCAGUUACAAUGUACAUGUGUCAUAAACAUCACAACUACAAAUAUGUGCAGCUGCUCUUGCUCUCUUUUCCUCUCUUUAUUGUCUUGACUGGUUCUCUCUGGCAGGCCAGGCACAUACACCCAACCCCUUCACUACACCUUUGAC